CCCAUUAGAAAAAGUAUAAAUAUUCCGUUUCUCUUUGUUGCUUUAUACAAUCCUUUUGUGAAUUAAUCUCAUUCAGUUUAUUUUUUUUAAAAAAAAAGUCAUGGACGCAUUUACGCCAUCGUCAGGAGAGGAAGUCGUUACUUCAUUGGGACCAUCGCUUGAGAAUCUACCUUUGGAAUGCAUUCAAGUCAUCCUCGAAUACUUGUCAAACGAUUGUCAUGCACUCUACAGUCUCUUGCUCAUGAACAAGACAUGGUUCCAAAUGGUCCUCCCAUUCCUCUACCGUAGCCCCAUGGCACUUGUUGAUGCCACCUGGCCAAAGUUGUCUGCAUACUCCCAGGUCUUGAAGAAAGGACCCUCAUCACUAACGCCACAGUCACCGUUACUUUCACCAAUACCUGUAGAAGUACAGGGCGCCAAUGCAGGAACAGUGGGAGAGACACGCAGUAGAUCAGUCAGCCGUAACACAACUUCAGAGUCGAGUACUACUAGCGAUGGUACAGCCACUGAGAGUGUCCGCUCGGGAAGAAGCCAGAGUAACACGCGUAGGACAAGCACCAUUUCUUCGUCCAAUGGAGGAUACGGACUUGGGUAUGCUCCACGUACCCACAGUCGAAGCAGUAGUCAUAGUAGCACCAGGAGCUGGACAGGCGACGCAUUCCAUCAAGGCAGGAAUGAGGCUGUUCUCCAAAAAGAUCAACGAGAGAAACUUGUGAAGCGGAAAAAAAUGCAGCUUCUCUGGGUGCUCUUAAACUGCACGCUGUCCGAAGAGGAGUACGAGGCCAGUGUCACAAUGAAUGCCGCCUCGUCCAAAACUGCCAGCGACAACGAUACCGAAAAAGACAAAGCUGCGGCUGCCGUGUGGGCCUCCUCAACAUUGUUAUCACAAAAGCUGGGCUUGAAUCUGGAGAUUGAGACAGAAUAUUUCAGACCAAUGGUCGACUACUUGGCUCAUUACACGCAUCUUCACCAUCCAGGGCUACGACUCAUCAUUUGGAAAGUCUUCCCUUCUAUCGACGACGCCUUUAGAAUUGAAUGGAGACUCCUCAGUCAUUCACCUGAACGCAUUCGGGAACUUUAUUUGGAAAGUGUGGAGCUGCAAGACAUGAUACCCUUAAUUCCAAAACUGGAGAAGCUGCAGCGCAUCAAGGCUUGUUGUCAAGAGGACUGGGAUGUAUCUGGACCAAUUGAAUUUAUGAAGCAGCAUAACAAACUCUUCGGGACAGUGAGGAUGAUGGAGCUAGAGGGAUAUCUUCCAGAUAAACAUGAAACCCCUAUGGAUGAACGGUUCAGCGAUUUGAUUUCACAAGUAGAGCAUUUGAAAGUACUGGAGCUAACAGGAUUUGAGUCACUAAAGGCACGGUUGAAUACGAUCCCUUACAAGAGCUUGAAAGUCUUGAAACUAAAUUGUGGUACAUUGAAACCAGAGUACACACCAUACACAUCUAUAACAGAAGAACAACAACAACAUGGUCUGGCGGGACAAACGACAGGCUCAUCAUCAGGACAAGAUGGUAGAAUGCCGGUCAGUUCCUUCCUGAGUCAGUGCCGCCAAUUAGAAGAGCUGUUGUUAGAUCCAGUCGACGAAGACGUGUUGGAGUGGGCAGUUCAGGAACGUAGAGAUUUUGAGGCUGCGCUGCUAACAUCCAAUCUGAGCUCCUCGUCAGCCAUCAUCUCGACCCAUAAUUCCCCGCCGACAUUGAUACCACUAAAGAUACUCGAGCUUUCAGGAGAGGACAGUGAACGUGUCGCCAUGACUGUGUCUCAAGCUGCUGAAGCUUUCCAGGACACGCUUGAAGUGAUCAAGGCCAACUCAUACUCUUAUCGAUAUAACCGGCUACUUACACCCCUCUCUUGGCGGUGUUUAAUGCCGCGACUCCAAGUCUUGAAAGUGGUAGGGAGAUCCAAUUUGCCACUAGACUUUCAAUCAUUUCAAUACUGCCCUUCACUCAGGAUAUUGGAUCUCUCAAAGUAUUCAGGGAUGCGCGCAUGUUCUGAAGCAGCCCUCCUAAACCUGAAGUACCUAACCAAGUUGGAAUACUUGGGUCUGUCAAGCUUCGACCAUUUGACGGAUUCUACACUAAGGACCAUAUUGGGAUGCAUGCCAAGGCUUAAGCAUCUGAGGUUGGCCAUUGGAGAUUCGAGCACGUCAUCGUCAGCAGGCGGAACUCUUUCGACGACAACAAUAUCCUCAUUUAUGAACCCGGCUAGCUCGGGAACAAUCAAGAACACAGGAAGUACCAGAGCAUCAGGGGCAUUCGGAAGCAGUGCUGGUACUGGAACUAACGGAGGCGGCAAUAGCAAUAGCAAUAGCAAUAGCAAUGGCAGUGGGAGUGGUAGUGGUAGUGGUAGUGCUAGCGUCAGUGUAAGCAGUACCACGAAUGGAAAUGGCGGCGGUAUAGAUCUACUCAAAUCACCUUUUGCUUCACUCUCCAUUUCUUCAUCGUCUGCAUCGUCUCCUGUCUCGAAUUCGUUGACGGCAUCCCCUGUUUCUCAAUACGUUUAUUCUCCUUAUAGUCACCAUCAUACUCCGCCACCACUUCCUCACUCGUCCUCAUCAUUCUCUACAACAAUAUCCAGUCCAUAUCUGAUGAACACUACUAGCACUAGCAGUUUGGUAGGCAGUAUCAACAGCAACAGUGGUGGUGGUGUUGGUGACAUGGCUUCUUCUGCUUGGUCAACCUCCUCCUUGAUGGACCGGUUUCACCUUGAGAAUAACUUUUUGUCCCUCGAGGGGAUCUUGGAUGCGAUCGAUGGAUUAUCCGAUUCCAAAGAUCAACUGGAGAAAUUAUCGAUUGUCCUGGGCAAAUUGGACUUUGAAGAUCAUUAUCGGCGUUUAGAACAAUAUAACCAACUACAUCCUGAUUUAGAGAUCACCGUGUAUCGGUAUGCUCAUGCAGUUUAGAUAAUAAUAGGAGGCAG